GCGCGGCAGGUCCUGGCUCGACAGGUCUUCUCUGUCGAUUGAAAUGUCUAUGAUUUUAUCUGCCUCAGUCGUUCGUGUCAGGGAUGGACUGCCACUUUCUGCUUCUACUGACAAUGAACAAGGCACAGGCGUGCAGGAGUGCAGAAAGUACUUUAAAAUGCUCUCAAGGAAACUUGCUCAGCUUCCUGAUAGAUGUACACUGAAAACUGGACAUUAUAACAUUAAUUUUAUUAGCUCUCUGGGAGUGAGCUACAUGAUGCUGUGCACUGAAAAUUACCCAAAUGUUCUGGCCUUCUCUUUCCUGGAUGAGCUUCAGAAGGAGUUCAUUACUACUUAUAACAUGACGAAGACAAACACUGCUGUCAGACCAUACUGUUUCAUUGAGUUUGAUAACUUCAUUCAGAGGACCAAGCAGCGAUAUAAUAAUCCCAGGUCUCUUUCAACAAAGAUAAAUCUGUCUGACAUGCAGACAGAAAUCAAGCUGAGACCCCCUUAUCAAAUUUCCAUGUGUGAAUUGGGGUCAGCCAACGGAGUCACAUCUGCAUUUUCUGUGGACUGUAAAGGUGCUGGUAAGAUUUCUUCUGCCCACCAGAGACUGGAACCAGCAACUCUGUCAGGGAUUGUGGCGUUUAUCCUUAGUCUUUUAUGUGGAGCUCUGAACUUAAUCCGAGGCUUUCACGCCAUAGAAAGUCUCCUGCAGAGUGAUGGUGAGGAUUUUAAUUACAUCAUUGCAUUUUUCCUUGGAACAGCAGCCUGCCUUUACCAGUGUUAUUUACUUGUCUACUAUACUGGCUGGCGGAAUGUCAAAUCUUUUUUGACUUUUGGCUUAAUCUGUCUAUGCAACAUGUAUCUCUAUGAACUUCGAAACCUCUGGCAGCUUUUCUUUCACGUGACUGUGGGAGCCUUUGUUACACUGCAGAUCUGGCUAAGGCAAGCCCAGGGGAAGGCUCCUGAUUAUGAUGUCUGACUCCAUCCUUCAGACGUAUUGCCUGGGCUUUUGGGGGGAAAAGGAAGGAGCAUAUCAUAACUGCCACUGUGAUGAAGAACCUGUUCACCACAAGAGAGAAGCUCUGCUUUCUUUCUCUCCAUGUGUCCUUUUUGUUUAAGUCAGCAUGGCAUGCCUGUGAGCAUGCAGUACCCGUGAGGCAAACUCCUCUCAGAAGAAUGUUGGCCCAGAUUAUUGUUCAGAGGAGGAGGAGACCUCUCUGCAGGGCCGCAUCGGAGGAAGAACAGUCCGCCACCGUUGGAACACUUGGCCAGCAGUUCUGAAUCCCUGCCGCAGAGUUCAAUUAGAACAUAUAUUGCUCUUCUGAGGACCAAGCAGGAACUCUCCAAACUGGGUUUGCCUUUGUGAGGCGUUAGUAUAGACCAAAUAAAAAGAUGCCGCAGUAAAUUGAAAAGGUAUGUUUCAAACAAAUGACUUACUAAAUAUAAGAUUAUUUGCACAUUUAUGGUACCAUGAGUUAUGAAGUCCAGGAUGGUUUGGAAUUGGUUCUUUCUUCUUUUAUGUUUUUGCUUGAAUUUCAACUCUGGGAAUCACCUGAUGUAGGAGAGGCUGCGGCGAACUCAUCUCUGGAAUGCCACAAGUAUUGAAAGUACAGUACAUAGGUUCCCUUUCUAGACUCCGUUGGUAGUUUCUUUAAAAAUCACUUUUAAAAAAUAUGAUUUGUUAGACUAUAGCCAUUGUUUUCCAGACUUCAAUCAUUUGAGUAUUACAUAUACUAUUAUUUACUUAAUAUUUAUUUUUAAAAUUUUUAAGUAAUUUAAAAGGAAACCAGUUGCUGUUCCAAGUGGAAAAUCAGGAUCAGUUUCCCAUAAAUAAAAGGUAACUAUGAAAUAAAGUUAAAACAAAAAAUGUUAACUAAAUUCUAGCUAGAUGCUAAUGCCCGCAAGCCUCUGAAUCCAAGAAGCCUGCUGUUUCUUUGUUGCAGUGAGAGAGAUGCUACCCAGCACCACAACGGGACUCUCUCUGUGGGAUUCUCAGGAAGGUAAAGAAAAUUGUAAAGGGAACGACAUUCUCACUGUGAUGCACUGUUAUUUAAUUCAGUGUAUGUGCCACCUGAAAUCAUCCCCUGUGCCCCAGGGAUAGGGCCCCGCACUAGGGAAACACUGAACUGCACUCAGAGACCAGAGGGUGACUUUUCUCCCAGCAGCUCAUUCUUUUAUGGCUUUGAGGAGUUAAGCACCUAGUAUCUUAGAGAACUUACUUGCUUCUUGAUAACAUUAUAAACAUUAUUAAAGGAAGCACAGUUUGAUUCCAUUAGCAAAAUCUACAACUUCCCUGGUUUUGGAAGUCAUCUUCAUGAAUCAUUUUCUUUUGUUUUUUAAAGAAAAGAUUCCAAACAAGGAAUUUAUAAGGUACUAAAAUUUGAUAUCAAGAAAAACAGUGGACCCAUUACAUAUCAUUCAUGUUAUUGGGCAUAUUUAUUAAGGAAAAGAAAUAGUCCAGAGGGGUAAAGACAUUGAUCUGCCUUGUUUGCCCGAAUCACAGAUAUGUAGUUAAGCCUGCAACUUCUUAACUAGAACCUUUUCGCUACGCCCUCCUUUUAGGAGAAUGAGGCAAAAGGAAGACAGUAAGCUAAUGAUAUCAGGGAUUUAUUUAAAACAAGAAACUCCAAUUCACUCUAAUUUUCUGCCUCUAACAAAACUGCGUAGAAAUUAAUGUAUAUUUUGAGAGAUACCCCAAGGUACCACAUGAUCCUAAAUCAUCAAAAUAAAAUUGAUUUGUGUUUGGCAUUUUGUACUGACUGAGCCAGGAAAGUGAAAUGGUUCAAUUUAGGAAGGUUUUUUCCUAAACUAGUGGUUAAAACAAGAAUAGUUUUAAAUAGUCAAUUAUCCAGGAAGUUAGAGCAUUUUGGUUAAUUGUGAUUUUGCUACAUAUUGAUAUUUUAUAGCUCAGUUUGGUUCCAUUGGUUUUCCUUAUCAUUGAAUUAUUGAGUUAUAAUGUUUGAUACUUGGAUUCAUUCAGCAAAGACACUUGAAAACUCACCAGCUAUCUUUAAAGACUUAAUUUGUUUUUUGUUUUUGUUUUGUUUUUUCACCAGCUAUUUUGGAUAAGCGGAUGUUUACAUCUUAAUGUAAAAAAAUGAAAACAGGUAUAAAUGUUUUAUGUAUAGAAAUGCCUUCUUUCAUUAUUUGGUGCCUGCAUCUCUGAAUGUGUAUGUAACUUCCGUGUCUCUAUCGUGUUGUUGUUACCAAAGAAACUGUGAAUUUGGAAAGAAGUUUUUGCCGUGGGUGAAAAGAAGUCCUUAAGCUCUCGAGAAAGAAUCAUGUAGGCCUCUAAUGUGUGUGAUAGUAAUAUCUUACAUUUAUACUGCACUUUUACACCUGAGAGCAAGCCUGUGUUUACCUAAUCAUAAUGAGAUUUGUGGUAGAGAGGAGGUUGUAGUUGCCCUCCUGUUAUGAAGGAGAAACUAAGGCAGUCAGAUGUUAAUGACUCACCUAGGGUCACAGAGCUACAUACACAACUUCUAGUCUCAGCCCAGGGCUCUGUUGGAAAUAAUGAAGAUAACUAAAAUUAUAUUCAGGGAAUAUGUCUGUUCUUGGUAAGAUCAAGGAAUUGGGGACUUCUUAAUGAGCACAGGACUGCUAUGGUCAAAUCUAGAUGUAUAUAUUAAGGUAAUUCUGAAAUACCGCUUUUUGAUUAAGAUGUGCUGUAAGAACAAAGAAUGAUACUUUCUUUUAUACCCUAAAA